AGGGAGGUGGGAGCUGGGGAGGGCGGCAUGGGGUCACCGCUCCAGGCACGGGGUGUGGCCUCCUGGAGGCAAAGUCUCCGGCUUCCAGUUUCCUCCAGUGUGCCCACGCCCUACCUGGGGCCCCGGACGCUGUCUCCGCCCCCCCACCCCCCCGAACCUGGGUGACCUGGUAGACAGCCUCGCAAGAGCCGGUCCCCACAGCCAGCAGCCGCGGUGGUCUGGAAGAAAGAAAUCCGGCCGCGGGGGAGAGAAUCCCGCCUGUCGUUAGCAGGCAAGGCUCAGUGCCCCGCCCCACUCCGCCAGAUUUCGCCCGGAAGGAGCCGCCCGGCUCCCGCCCCCGACCGGCCCCCCGCUUGGAGCGUCUGGGAACCUGCCGAAGGAGCCGACCUGCCGCGAUGGAGACGCCCAGCACCUGGGCGCUGCUGCUGGUGCGUGUGCUGACGCUGGCGCUGCCCGGAACCCGAGGCCACCUGCCCCCCGGGCCCACGCUGCUGCCGCUGCUGGGGAACCUCCUGCAGCUCCGGCCCGGGGCGCUGUACCCGGGGCUCUUGCGGCUGAGUAAGAAGUAUGGACCCGUGUUCACCGUGUACCUGGGACCCUGGCGGCGUGUGGUGGUCCUGGUGGGGCACGAGGCCGUGCAGGAGGCCCUGGAAGGUCAGACUGAGGAGUUCGGUGGGCGAGGCAUGUUGGCGACACUGGACGGGACCUUUGACGGACACGGGGUUUUCUUUUCCAAUGGGGAGCAGUGGCGACAGCUGCGGAGAUGUACCAUGCUGGCCCUGCGGGACCUGGGCAUGGGGAAUCGAGAAGGUGAGGAGCUGAUCCAGGCGGAGGCCCAGUGUCUGGUGGAGGCAUUCCAUGGAACCGCAGGACGGCCAUUUGACCCCUCCCUACUGCUGGCUCAGGCCACUUCCAACAUCAUCUGCUCCCUCACCUUCGGCCUCCGCUUCCCCUACGAGGACGAGGAUUUCCAGGCCCUGGUCCGGGCAGCUGGUGGCACCUUGCUGGGGGUCAGCUCCCGGUGGGGCCAGACCUAUGAGAUGUUCUCCUGGCUCCUGAAGUGCCUACCGGGCCCCCACACACAGCUCCUGGGCCACCUGAGCAUGCUGGCCACCUUCGCCGUCCAGCAGGUGCAGCGACACAAGGAGAGCCUGGACAGCUCAGCCCCACCGUGCGAUGUGGUAGAUGCAUUCCUGCUAAAGAUGGCAAAGGAGGAGCAUGACCCAAGCACAGAACUGACUGACAAGAACUUGCUGAUGACAGUCAUUUAUCUGCUGUUCGCCAGGACGGUCACGGUCAGCACCACGGUCCGCUAUACCCUCUUGCUUCUGCUGAAGUACCCUCGGGUCCAAGAGCGUGUGAGGGAGGAGCUGAUCCGGGAGCUGGGCCUCGGGGACCAAGCCCGCCUCCCCUAUACCAAUGCCGUUUUGCAUGAGGCGCAGUGGCUGCUGGCUCUGGUGCCCAUGGGAGUGCCCCGUGCCCUCACAAGGACCACCUGCUUCCGAGGGUACACCCUGCCCCAGGGCACUGAGGUCUUCCCCCUCCUCGGCUCUGUCCUGCGUGAUCCUGAGGUCUUUGAACAGCCAGAGGAAUUCAACCCAGACCGAUUCCUAGAUGCGGAUGGACGGUUCCAGAAGCAGGAGGCAUUCUUGCCCUUCUUCUUAGGUAAGUGUGUCUGCCUCGGGGAGGGCCUGGCGCGAGCGGAGCUCUUCCUCCUCUUCACCACCCUCCUGCAGGCCUUCUCCCUGGACAGCCCGUGCCUGCCGGGGACCCUGAGCCUCCAGCCAGCUGUCAGUGGCCUUUUCAACAUCCCCCCAGCCUUCCAGCUGCAAGUCCGGCCCCACUAACCUCCCCGCACUGUGUGGACCAGAUGAAGGAGGGAGGGAACUGUGGGAGGUGGGGGCCUCCUCAUGGCGGUGGGCGUGAACAUGGUUGUGUCUCCAGAGCCACAACUCUACACCCGAGGCAGACACACACACACACCUAUAGGUGUUCUAGAGUCUGCCACAGGGGUAUCUGGCCUACACAUCCCCAGGACUCCGCUCGCUCGUGUGGCUACUGAGACACGCAGGUGGCUACUGAGACCGCAGCCACGAGGGCCAUGAGGGCCACGGGGCAACUCUGCCACACAGGCUUUCUAUAGACAUAGAUUUAGUUCGUCUGGAAUCAUGAUCACCGCCCCAGAUAACACACCCUCUCUUCCAAACACAACCCCCCUGGAUUCACAGCCCAGGUGCUGGAGUUCAGCCCCUCCCCUCACAAGGCACGGACAUAGCCACGGUGUUCAGGGCCCACAAGCCCUCUUCAUCCCCCGUCCUGGCAAUUGUGGGAGCCUGGUACAGAGGUGAACACCCCCCUUCCUGGGUCCUGUCCAUGCACAGAGAGACCGUCCCCGUCUUCAGCUCUGAUGUGCCUUCUCUCGUGCACCCACGCCAUGAUCUAGGCACGUGACCGUCGCCAUCCACAUUCCCCCAACCACUGAACCACACAGCCAGCGCACACAUGACACCAGACACACCAUUCCUGGGAAGGGGGGAGGGCACAUCCCCAGCUUCCUCCAGGCCUUCAGCCCUCAAAGACACCCCUUUCCAAGCACCUUGAUCCUCAAAUCCUCCCAAAUAUAACUACACACCCAGCGUGCAAUUGCACACAUAGCCCUGGAACCAAGUAAACUUGGACAAACGCACAUAUACACACACAUACACACACACACACACACACAAGACCCUCCAAUCAGAGAAACACUCCCCCCUCCCACUUACGUAACCUUGUUAAAGGCCUCCCCAGCCUGCCCCCCCCUCCCCCCGACACAUGCACAAUACCCUGACCCACCUCCUGUUCCCAAGUCCCAGUUAGACCUGGUGGAAGGGGCUAGAUGACCAAGGAGGGGCCAGAUUCCAGCUCCCUGUGUUGGGCCAAAGGCCAGCUCUGACGUCCUUGUGACUUGAAGGUCCCCAUUUUGCAAUAAAAGUUCAUUUCUGGCCCCCGGUCUGGCCCAUGGCAGG